UCCAAACGUUACCCAUAUAUCUUUAGUCGGCACAAAACUUUCCGGCAUUCCGCUAGCCAUAUUCGAGUUACGACGCCUCGACAUAUUCGAUAUGAGUCAUACAGAUACGCCAGCCAGUGUUGAUUUUGAUUAUUGCCCUGCAAAUUGUUCACGCAAUAGCACAGCGACACGGUUAGUACUGAGCGGUAGCUAGCUAUCCAUGCUGCCAAAUCGCGCAUUUUGUGCCUUCCCGAUACUCGAGGAGCUCGCACUGGACAGCUGCCACUUACUGAAUAUCUAUGGUUCACCAUUUCAAUGCUUAAAACGUCUGAAGUCACUUUCGCUGUUUGGCAAUAAUAUUGAGGUCUUGUACGGGAACAGCGUAAAUGGACUUCAAAACCUAGUUACCCUGAACAUCAGCAAUAACAAUAUUGAAUACUUUCAAGGGUCGCACAUACUGCUGACUUUGGUUUCCUUACGAUCACUGUCAUUAUCUAACAACUUGCUUACGGAAUUGAAUCUCCGGCCUCAAGGUGAAAUAAUGAUCGAGGAGCUAAACAUUGAGCGUAACAAUGUGAAACUGUGGGAGCCACCCCUUUUUUCUUUCAUGUUCAAGCUGAAGAAACUCGGCUUGGCACACAAUAACAUCACCAAAUUGGAUAAUAAAAUGCUGCACGACAUACGACACGUCCGCGACGUCGAAUUUGGAUGGAAUCAGUGGGAUUGUUCCAGCUGCGAUCUAAACAACAUCCAUUCACUUCUGCACGAGCAUCCGCCAAACUGCAGCAAGUGCUUUUCGUGCGCGACACCUCCUGAGCUUUUCGGAAACGAUGUCCGUAAUGUGACUUUGAGGGACGAUGACUGUAGUCUAGAAUGGUAUCGCGUCUACGUCGUUCCCACGUUGUUAUGUUUUAUGGUAGCUACUAUCCUCGCCAGCAUCGCCUACCGAAAGCGCUGGUACAUCAUGUACGCCUUUUUAUACCUCAGAGUUACCAUAAAUGGGUACAGGAGGCAAAGAAAUAGUGACGACUUCUUAUUUGAUGGCUUCCUGAGCUACCACACCUCGGAUGGUGACUGGGUCCGCGACGUACUCCUGCCGAAGCUCGAGUCACCACCGAUGCAGUUCCGGCUGUGCGUCGCCGAACGGGACUUCAUUCCGGGGAUGCAAAUCACCGAGAAUAUUUGUCGUGCUAUCGCGCACAGUCGUAAGUCACUUUUUGUAAUAAGCCGCGAGUUCUGCCGUAGCCGCUGGUGUAUGUUCGAGCUUAGCCUGGCACAGCAUCGCCUUUUCGAAAGCGAUCUCCAGGAUGGCCUGGUGUUCAUUAAGAUGAACGAUGUGGGCGAGUCUGAGAUGAGCUCCUUGCUACAGUAUCUCACCAAGUCACGAACAUAUGUUCAGAUACCUGAGGAUGGAUCAAGCGAGACGCUCCAAAACCUCUUCUGGCUACAGUUGCAUGCGGCGCUGAAAAAGUAAAUGCAUAUAUCUAGAAAAACAAAGAACUUGGAACAUGUUUCAGCUUCGCCUUCAAGAGUGGAACUCGAUAGCAUAAUCGGGGCCCGUGCGAAUCACCUUCUCGGUUUAUCGCUUGGCUUCAAUUCUCAGUGCAUGUACUAUCCUAGAAUGCCUACUACAAGUACUGUUGCGCGAUGCAAAGGAAUAAGCCGAGAGACAGGGAUGUUUCGGCUGGCUACGCUGUUUUGGAGUAACUGGUGUAUGUUGAGAAAUCGAAGUAACUGUGAAUUCAUCAUGUAGUUUAUGCGAAAUCAACCUCUGAACAGUGUGCUAAUAUAAUAAGGUGCUGGAAACAUUGGAAGCAGUCCAAGCAUACUGCCAUCGAGAACCUCUCGAUGUUCAAAUAAUAACGAGUUGACAGUGCAUGAACAAAAGAAAUAUCGCUGCUUCCAGCAACAAUGUUGUGCCACUGUCCUGCUGCGUCAUGGUUCUGAGACAGCGAGUGUUUUUUCGCUUUCAUUUAUCAUCUCACCGCUGGAAUGUUGAACAAUGGUGUUCCGUUACCGUUCUUGUCUCAAUGAUUCGGUAUAUUUCUACAUCGUCUUCAGAUCACCCUAUCCUAAGCUAAAUUUGCCACUAUAUGGCUUCUUAUUUACAAUAUAUGCAAAGAAACUGCGAAUAUGGAAUCAGCCAACUGCUAAUAAAGAAGACCUGUUUUGACAUUCCAUGAACUGAACCUAUAGUCGCUGAACUAUAUUUGUGUGAGCU